AUGAAGUUCUUCCUCCUCAGUGCCAUUGCCCUCUUCGCGGCGACGGCCACCGCCCAAACCAGCAACACCGUCGCGGACAUCAAUGUCCGCGCUCGAAUGUUGCAGGAGAAUUUUGUCGAAGUAGGCGAUGCCGAGUUGAACCGCGAGUGUCACAAUGAAAACGCCAACUACAUCUCGUCUCUCAAAGCCGGACAGUACGCGACCAGUGCGUUCCACAACUGCUUCCGCACCAGCGACCAAAUCUACGAGUUCACCGAUGCGUUGGCCGCCCAAAACCCGACGUUGCUGAGCAAAUUUGCCAUCUCCAAGACGUACAAUGGGGCCACGAUUUACGGGUACAAGCUGACCAAGGGCCACUCGCAGUCGUUGUACUUUCAAGCCCUGCAACACGCCCGCGAAUGGAUCGCGGGGUCGUCGAUUCUGUUCUCGUUGGCAUUUUUCUCUUCGCAUGGAUUGUCGUAUGGAUUGUUUCAAGAUUACGCGUUCCGUGAGUUUAAGAAGCCUGUCCUGCAGUUUGAAAUUAUCGGCCAUGAUUUUGUCGUGGACAUGACGACCAUCAAGACACGCGGCCUCGAAGUGUACAAAGGCAUCAACCAAUUCGCCAAGGAAGUGACCGUGUUCAAUGGUGGAGACGCCACGCCCUCCAAUCCGUCUUGUGGUGAUUAG